AAAUAACCAGCAGGCUGGGGAUGAAGCCUCAUUUUCUGGGGUCGGAUAGUAACAGAACAGUUGUGUGCUCUGUUUAGCCGAUAGCAGCAGCGGUCACCGGGAUUUCCGCCGUGAGGGCUUUGGAGAUAAGGUGCAGUCCCUGCAUGUGAUGCCAUUGCUUUAUUAGGACAUCAUCAAUUAUUCCUUCCAUGCGAAAGUAAGCCCGCAGGUUGACGGCGGAAUGCCACGAGCUGGUGCCGCUUGCUUGACCUGCCGGCAAAAGUGCCGCAAGUGUGACCGUGGCCGUCCGAGUUGCCAACGAUGUGUCUCGAAAGGUUUAGUAUGUGGAGGAUACCCAGAACGGUUCAGAUUCUGCGGAAUUGCUAGUCGAGGUAAAUGGAAGGGUGCUCGGAUACCGACCAACAGUAGAAUUCCUACCGGAGGUCGAUCAGGAAUAAGCGAUGCUGCCUUGGAUACCCUGGUGCCACCGACCCAGGAAGUUACGGAGACCCCUCCCCCCAACUUGGAAAGUGAUCAAGCUUGUUCAGCCAAUCUGAGUGGUAGCCCGAAGACCACGGCACAGGGAAUACCUGUUCCUGAAAAGCCAGCUGAAGCUCACAGUCGGCCACUGCCAAAGCUUCCAGACGAUGUAACUACGCUUCUCGAUUCGCCCGACACAGCUAGGCUGUUAAGCCAUUAUGAUGACGUUAUUUGCCCUCAUCAGAUCGCUGAGGUUGGGGAUGACGCAGAGAACCCUUACCGAGCAUAUAUUCUCCCGCUGGCGCGCAAGAAAAUCGGGCUAUUGUACGCUCUUCUUGGGCUUUCUGCUUCCCACCUCGGGCGGGUGAUUGGAGAUGAGUUCCUACACGAAGCCACGGCGGUUGAAUAUCGUAUGAAAGCCAUACGUGCCCUGAGCGAAGAAAUCCGUAAGAGCCAAAGGACAUCUUUGCUCGAAGACGAACAAGAUACCGUCUUAGCGAUAAUACAGGUCCUGUUGCUUCAUGAUAUUUCUGAAUCAGGAAUAUCGAGUCAUGGCAUUCACAUCACAGGUGCCAUGUCCGUCUGUAAACAGCUGUUGAUCUCCGAGGGGCUACAUGGCCGACGUCAACGGGCCAUGUUCUUUCUCGGUAACCUGGCUUGGCUUGAUAUAAUUCGAGCAUCUGCUGGCCCCGAGAGAAUGUGCUUUUCUCAGGACAUUCGUGAGCUAGUCGCUUGCGCCAGCGAUAGAAAGUUCGAAUUGGUAAAUGGGUGCCCGAGAGAAGUCUUUCUGGUCAUCGGCGCAGCACUGGAAAAGGCAAAGGAACAUACACUAGGCUGGCUUACUUGGGAUGAGUACCAGAUCGCCCUGCUCCUAGCAAAGCACAAGCUCUAUGCAUGGGAUCCAAAAGGAAGAGAGUACCCUAGUCAUGAUCCUCUCUGGCUGUUCAUAGCAGAGGCUUUCCAGUUUGCAUGUAUCUUGCGUAUUCUUCGGCUACUAGACCCGUUGAAGCCAGCUAGCAGCUCUGAUAUACAAGAGUGUGUUCGAAAGAUUCUCGACGCGACGGCGAUCAUUACUCCGGAAUGCUCGUUACUGGAAAUUCUUGUCUUCCCACUCUUUAUGGCAGGAUCUGACUGUAUCUCGCGUCAUUCGCAGUAUUAUGUCCUUACGAGACUGCGCGAAGUUGAGCGACGAUCGGAGUUUCGCAAUCCGGUCCCUGCUGAUAUAUUAAGAAAGGUUUGGGAUGCUCGUGCGGCUCAGGCCGAAGAUGAUUAUACAAAUAUCUCAUGGACGGCAUUUACACACUCCCCCGGACUUGCACGACAGCAUGACUACCUAAUCAUAUGAAGUUAUACGUACAUCGGUUACCAUCGAUGAUCAUGCCGCUUAUUUGCAGGAUCUGCAAAUCGCCGAUGGGUUAUCGAUUGUCUAUCUAGAAGUAGAUCGCGAAUAAUGACAUAUUGUAAAGAUUACUGCAUCACUCGGGUUGACUUUCUUUGCGCUGAUCGGGAUCCAUGCUCGUUUCG